AUGCAUACUGCUUUUAUGCGCGGUAAUGCUAUUUUAGCAUAUACUUUGAGUGUUUCGGCAUGUUUAACAUUUUGUUGUUUUCUCUCUACUGUAUUUAUUGAUUACAGAGCAAACGCAACUUUAAAUACUGUAAAAGUAGUUGUAAAAAAUGUAGCAGAUUACAGUGCUUCAAGAGAGAAAAAUGAUUUGGGAUAUUUAACAUUUGAUUUACAAACUGAUCUCACUCCUCUAUUUAAUUGGAAUGUUAAACAGUUAUUUUUAUAUCUCACAGCAGAAUAUCAAACAGAAAAUAAUAAUUUUAAUCAGGUAGUAUUAUGGGAUAAAAUAGUACUUCGUGGAGAUAAUGCUGUUCUUGACUUUAAAAAUAUGAAUACAAAAUAUUACUUCUGGGAUGAUGGUAAUGGUUUAAGGGGAAAUAAAAAUGUAACAUUAAUAUUAUCAUGGAAUAUUAUACCAAAUGCAGGACUUUUGCCAAGUGUUAAUGCAUUUGGUUCUCAUACUUUUGCCUUUCCAUCUGAAUAUACUUCAUUACGUGUAUAAUAUACAUUUUUACAUAUGUAAUAUGUUAUAUUUGUUACUUUGUAAUGUUUCUAAUUAUUAUAUAUAAAAGUAAUGUGUAUAAAAUAUAUUAUUUUAUUUGUUA